CUUCCACAAAGUGAGACGCAAAACAACCUUGGAAAAAUGAAAAAUAGUUGAUGUAUGUCCUGUGAUGAAUCAUUUUUAAAUUACACGUUGGUGUAUAUAUAUAAACUUUGAUACCAUUACAACAUUCAAGUUUAUUUCAUAAGAUUAAGAUGUCUUGGGGAGCGCCUGGUGCAAGACCUCAAUAUGGUGGUUAUGGACAACCACAGGGUGGUGGAUACAACCCAUCAGCUCCCCCUGGUGGUGGAGGAUAUGGUGCCCCUCCCCCUUAUCAACAGCAACGACCAUCAGGAUAUGGACAGCCGCCCCCUCAAUAUGGUGGAGGAGGAGGAUACCAACAAAGUGGCUACCAGCAGCCACCUCCACAGUCUGGAUAUGGAGGGUAUGGUGGAGGACCCCCUCCACAGGGGUAUGGUGGUCCAGGCCCCGGGGGACCACCUGGGGGUUAUGGCCCGCCCCCACCUCCAGGAGUCACGCAAGAUGUGUGGAACAUGUUUCAGGCCGUAGAUCAAGAUAGGUCUGGUCAAAUUAGUGCACAAGAGCUCCAGUUUGCUCUAAUGAAUGGCAAUUGGUCUCCAUUCAACCCUGAGACCUGUAGGCUCAUGAUUGGCAUGUUUGAUCGAAACAAGAAUGGAACAAUUGAUGCCCAGGAAUUUGCAGCAUUAUGGAAAUAUAUCCAAGAUUGGAAAGCAUGCUUUGAGAGGUUUGAUACAGAUAGAUCAGGAAACAUUGAUGCUAGGGAACUUCACACUGCCUUCCAGACAUUCGGUUAUAACCUUUCUCCCCAGUUCUGUGAUACUGUAGUCAGAGUGUUUGAUCGACGUGGUGCCAGGAACAUCAACUUUGACGACUUCAUUCAGGCCUGUGUGAUGCUAAAGACCCUCACAGACAAAUUCAGGGUGAAGGACACACAGCAGAGAGGGGUUAUAAACAUCAGCUAUGAAGAUUUCCUUGAGAUGGUUUUGGACAACACCAUUAUGAAUGUGAAGUGAUCUCUCGGACUGCCCACGUAAUUCUUGUUGACCAUAUCUUCCACACAGGGACACAACAAAUCAUCAGUUGACCACAGUUCAUCAUUCCCAGCACUGAUUUCACUUGUUAAUCUUCUCAGCUUUUGAUGAGAUAGCUGUUAUAUUUAUUGAUAUUCAGUAGAGUCAGGAUUUUCCCCUGAUAUGUAUAUUUUUAAUGUAGAUUUUUCAUUACUCUUUAUUAUGUGUAGUUCAGGAAUGAUAUUUGUGUGUAAAAAUCAAUAGAAACUGCUGUUUUUUUGGUCAAUUUUUAUCAUAUCAACACUGCAAAAAACCUGUUAGAUAUUUUGUAACUUAGUUCUUUAUGUCAUAAAAAUGACUUGAAAGAAAGUUUGCAUUGAACAAAUUUUAUGCUUAUCAUAUGUGGAGGGGGUGGGUGUUUGAAAAUGUUAUGAACUAUUUUUUUUGUACAACUUUGAUGUCAUAUGACAUGGGGCUUAAUUGACUCUCGAAAAAAUAUCAUUCUUCUAAAAUUCUUUCUAUUUCAUGAUAAAAUAAAUGUAGGUGGGGGUGUAUAUCUGAAGUGGUUAUGAAGAAUGGGGGAGAGAGUGUGUGUGUGUGUGUGAUGAAGAAUAGAAAUUUGCCUCACAAAGCUUUGCUUUCUGUUUGAUCUUAUAGGUAAUGAAUGAAUUGUCAAGGGCUUUCUGUAUAAUCAUUUUACUUUACAAAAAUAUCACCCUGUGAUCAUGUCUUGUUAUUAUUGAAAUUCUUAAUUGAUUAAUGCAUCACUUUGCAUUCUUAAUUAAAUUCUUUUCUUCUCUGUGUUAUUUUUAAAUGCAUUUUAUUGAAUCCUUUGAUCAGGUGUUGCCUGCAGGCAAUUAAUAUUAAUCAGUGCAGUUUGUCAGCAAAUCUUAUAAUUAAUCUUGUUCUUGAACAAGUCCCAAGUAUUUUACAAGUAUAAGCAAGUUAUUCUAGAAUUUAGUGUUGUUAGUUAUUAUAAUCGUAAAUUUAUCAUUUUUUUCAUACAUGUUUAUACAUUAUGUACCUUGUGUGAGUAAAUC